ACCGCCCCCCACGUGACGCCGGGCGCUAUAAAUAGCCAGCCGGGCCGGGAGCAGCAGAGCCGGCGCUGCGGGAGGGCGCGCCCCGGUCUCGGGCGCAGCGCGGCCCGCCGGGCAGGCGCAUGGAGGCGGCGGCGGGCGAGCCCUCGGGCGCGGAUGUCAGCUGCUGAGGACCAGCCUACAAUCUAUGGAGUGGCCCUUGUGGGCCAGCUCUGAGCACUGCCGUGCCCAGCAUUGCCCUGAGCCUGCUGCUGAGGAAGCCACGUGCCUCUGGCCCUCACCAUUGCCCUUGCCUGCUGAUGGCCUCUGCUGCCAGGCCUGGGGUCAGCUCUGCUGACUGAGCCCCUUCCCCCCUCAGGACUUAUCAUACCCCAAUGGGGUAACGUGACCAAGGGCCUGUGCACCCGAGACCUCCUGCCUGCCACAACUGUGACCUCUGCCUCAGGGCUGCCAGAGUUGCUUCUGCUCAAGUUCAGUUUUCCUCCAGACUUUGGGGGUGUGGAGCCCACAUUGGAGCAAAGGGGCUGCUCUCCAAUGCUGAGAGGGUGUCCCCAGAGAAGAACCCACCUUAGACAUUGCAUAGUGGACCUACUCACUCGGGGGUUUUUAAAUGUUCUUUGGAUGGUUGUUAUCCCCUUUAUUCUCGGUUAUACCCGGUUUACUCCCGGUCUCUGAGAGACGGGAGUUUGGAAUUGCCCAUCUUAUUUUGGGGGACUGUUUUGCUCCUUUUUGGGGGUGGUGGGAUUGGGUUUUUUUUUUAAUUGUACAAACAUUGAAUGGCCUCUUUCUCUUUCCCAAAUAUUUGUGCAGAGUGUAGGGUUGGGUUUAAAAAAAGAUCCUUUCUCUCAGACAAGUAUUAGGGUAUUGCUCUACUCAGUUUUCUGAGGCUCCAGGGGGCUCCUCUGGCUGUAUCCCAGGUCCUCUCUGCAGCUGCCUCCCACCCUGCCCUCUGCCUUUGGGAGGCAUGGCGCGGAUGAACCGGCCUGCCCCGGUGGAGGUGAGCUACCGUAACAUGCGCUUCCUCAUCACACACAACCCCACUGAUGCCACUCUCAGCACCUUCGUGGAGGACCUGAAGAAGUAUGGGGCUACCACAGUGGUGCGAGUGUGUGAAGUGACCUACGACAAGGCCCCCUUGGAGAAGGACGGCAUCACUGUUGUGGACUGGCCAUUUGAUGAUGGGGCACCCCCACCCAGCAAGGUGGUGGAGGACUGGCUAAGUCUGCUGAAGGCCAAGUUCUGCGAUGAUCCUGGCAGCUGCGUGGCUGUGCACUGCGUGGCAGGCCUGGGACGGGCUCCAGUCCUGGUGGCAUUGGCCCUCAUCGAGAGUGGGAUGAAGUAUGAAGAUGCCAUCCAGUUCAUUCGUCAGAAACGUCGUGGUGCCAUUAACAGCAAGCAGCUCACCUACCUGGAGAAAUACCGGCCCAAACAGAGACUGCGGUUCAAAGACCCAAACACACACAAGACCAAAUGCUGCAUCAUGUAGCUCAGGCCUUGGCCAGGCCUGGGCCUGUGGUGAUUUGCCCUCCCUUGUCCUGGUUGACCUCCAUUGGUCUGUCUUCCUGUGCCUCCGUGCCCCUGUGUCCCAGGAGUGAGGCAGCUGUGUGUUCUGUGUCUUGGCCUCGUGUGCCCCUCUCCUGGGCAUGGUGUUCCUGAGAUUGGUCAGCCCUUAUCUCUGGACCUCCUGCCAGUGACCUCCAACAAGCCCACCGCUACCACAGGUCUCUUCUCUCACCUGGACAUGGUGGUGGGUGUAUUUUUAACCACUGGGCCCAGCCCCUCGGGUGUGGUCCCUUACCCUGCCCUGUUCUUGGCACCUUAAAUUAUUUGAUUCUGGAGCAGUCAGAUGCUCUGGACACUCAAAGGCAAUAAAACAGGAACCGUG